AUGGUUACCCCUGCGAUAGCGAUUAUUGAUAGAUCAGUCGUCGAAAAACUUGUCUACCGUGAGCCUUUCCUGAGGUCCAUGAAGGCAAAUACCAAGUUUGCCUUCAUGCGACCAAAGCAGUUUAUCUUUUGUCGACCGUUUGGCAUCAUGUGGACGCUUUAUGCAGCCACAUAUACUGUCGCUAGCUGUUCAGAUACCCUUGCACAAUACUCUGCACAGGCCGCUGCGGCUACGAUCACUUUCCUGAGCACCACAGCCGUUAACGUUCCGCUGGGGAUCUGGAAGGAUAUCAGAUUCGCGCAGAUUUACAGCAGCAAAUUAAAGGCUCUUGAGUCUGGCGGCCAGCAGACCAAGACAAAACCUUCAGCAGUUGGUGCUACGAAGCCAACAGUUCCGGUCCCUGUUCGUCGAGGGCUACCAAAGGCAGCCACUGCACUCUUCCUCGCGAGGGACUCAAUCACGAUUUUCGGAUCUUUUACUUUAGCUCCAAGAAUGGCAAGCUUCGUCCCAGAUCAGUUGGUAUCGGGGCAACAUGCCAAGGCUACCAUAUCACAGCUUACAGUGCCGGCACUGACGCAGCUUGUGGUCACCCCCGUCCACUUACUAGGUCUUGAUCUAUACCACAGAGAACAGCAAGACUUGAGCUGGAGAGACCGGGUCAAGCACACACAGAAUGGUUUGGCAUCGACAACUGUCGUGCGCUGCUUACGCAUUCUUCCCGCUUUUGGGUUUGGAGUCAUUGCAAACACGGAGCUUCGUUCAUUAUUCCACGGCACAGUUUAG